CGGCGACGUGUUUGACCGUGGCGGCGAUGAGCUCAAAAUCCUUUAUUAUCUUGAGAAAUUGAGACGAGAAGCCGCGAGAUGCGGCGGCACGGUGAUUACAAUGCACGGGAACCACGAGAUCAUGAACGUCGAAGGAGAUUUCAGGUUUGCGACUCACAAGGGUUUGGAUGAGUUUAGGGGUUGGGCCGAUUGGUAUUGCAUUGGGAACCGAAUGAAAUCGCUUUGUAAAGGCUUGGAAGAGCCCAAAGAUCCCUUUGAUGGGGUCCCUCUACGGUUUAAGAAUGUCAAGGAAGAGUUUGUAGAUGGGUUUAGGGCUAGAAUUGCUGCAUUGAGGCCAAAUGGUCCCAUUUCGUCCCGGUUCUUGUCCAAGAACUUGACUGUAUUGGUUGUUGGAGAUUCGGUUUUCGUCCAUGGCGGGCUUUCGGCCGCACACGUUUCUUAUGGUCUGGAGAAGAUCAAUGCGGAGGUGAGGGAUUGGGUUCAUGGAUUGAAGGAAAAAUUUGCACCUGAGUAUUGUCGUGGGAGUAAUGCCGUGGUUUGGUUGAGGAAUUUUUCGCAUGAAUUUGCGGAGAAGUGUGAUUGUUCAGCUCUUGAACAUGUUUUAUCUACAAUUCCUGGCGCUAAGAGGAUGAUUAUGGGUCACACCAUUCAACAGUUUGGGAUUAAUGGCGUUUGCGAAGAGAGAGCAAUUCGGAUUGAUGUUGGUAUGUCGAAGGGGUGUAUUAAUGGGUUGCCUGAAGUUCUGGAGAUCAAUGGGAAUUCAGGUAUGAGGAUCUUGACCUCAAAUCCAUUGUACGAGAAGAAGAAGUAUAGAUCUUCUGUGGAAAGUGAGAGGAGGCCAGGGCCUGGAUUUUUGCCUCAAGAACAUGGACCAAAACAAGUGGAAGUGAAGGCUUAACUAUUUGGAUGGCUGACAAGCAUACUUGGUCAAACAAAGAAGAGAAAGCAUUGUUGGCUGACAUCGAGGAGUCGUUGCAAAUGGCCAAUGUGAUGGAGUAGCUACUUUUAAGAAUAAAUGAAUGCAGGAAGGUGUUGUAACUUGUUCAUCUUCUUCAAUUCCUCCCAAGGAUAUAUGGUGACUCUUCGAUUAUGGACUUGCUUUAUAAGAUAUAUCCAAGUAUUCACUACGUUCUAAUCGUAGAAGUUAAACUGGACUUAUUAGCACAGCUGUUAACCUGGAUUUUUCUUGCCUUAUCUCAAGUCCUGCAAGAGCUAUCUCUAUUAAUGCAUCUGGAAGGAAGAUACAAAUGGAAGUAAUUGUUUUUAACUGUGUAUGGUAAUUGUUUUUGUUUAUUCAUAACCGAGUAAAUACACUUCGGGAAAGAUUUUGGUGACUCUGAAUAUUGUUGGGAAGCUUUAGCAUCCAA